UCAAUUAUAACCUUUGAGCCACUGAGCCAACCACACGAGAAUCUUUCCUACCAAACUAACGCAGAGGCCAGAGAGAGCCGGAGACGGAGAGAGGAAUUCAUGGCUGCUUCCAAAUUACAAGCUCUGUGGAAUCACCCAGCCGGACCCAAAACCAUUCACUUUUGGGCACCGACUUUUAAAUGGGGCAUCAGCAUAGCAAAUAUUGCCGACUUCUCUAAACCACCUGAAAAACUUUCAUAUCCUCAGCAAAUAGCGGUUACUGCCACUGGACUUAUAUGGUCACGCUACAGCACGGUAAUCACACCGAAAAACUGGAAUCUAUUUAGUGUAAACGUUGCAAUGGCUGCAACAGGCCUCUACCAACUGUCACGCAAAUUACAGCAUGAUUACUUUCCUGAUGCAGAAGCUGCUGCUGCAAAAGAAUGAUGACGAAAAUUUGCUUAACUUCUUUUUGCGCCCUGCAGUGUUGAAGCUACUUUGCCUUGCCUAAAAAUUAGUUCAACAUUUCAUUAUGUGAUUGAUGUUUUCAUUCCUUUGGGGCUUUGGAUGCUACAAUACGCUAUGAUGAAAUUGUAGGUGGUUGUUGACUAUUGUGCUUGCAAGGAUAUUAUGAACUGUCAAGUGAUCAAUUGACCAAUAAAGUCUUAUACAGAUGCCUCUAUUUA